UUUGGUUCAAACAAUGGUAUAGGUUUGGAAUGAGGAAUGAAACAUGGGUGGUAUGAGGUUGGAACUUGAUACUUGAUUUCAUGUGUUUGGUUUUAUCUAGGAAUGAUAGUUUUCCUUUUAAUUUUAAACUAAAGGUAUGGGUAUGAGCCAUACCCACCUCCCCCUUGGGUUUCAAAAACCCAUACCUUGGGGGUUUGAGGUAUGGGUUUGAAAAAUAAAAUUUCUAGAAACAAACACAAGGUAUGGGUUUUGGUCAUCCCAAACCCAUACCUUAUACCUAAUAUGCUUGAACCAAACACCCCUAAUAUGUUCUUUUGUUCUCCCAUGUCUUUAAAAUAAAUCUAAUGUCUCUUCAAAAAAAAUAAAUUUAAUAUUCUUUUCGAAUGCGCCUAGCAUACUAUUCAUGUAUUUUCUCCUAAAAAAUCUGAAUGGAAAUUAGCAGGAUGAGUCAGCUAGCAGCAAAGUAAGAUGAUAUGCUAAGUUUGACGCGUAGAUUUGCAGGCUAUAUAAUCAAUUUUCCCGCUCUCUUCUUUCUCUCUCAUCUUAUAAUCAGUUUUUGCACACGUGUCUACCAUGGCCGAACUGCUGUUGCCACCUCUUCAUCCUUCUCUUAAACCCAUUUGCCUUCUCUCUCUUCCGCUCUUGUUUCUGCAACUGUCAGUGAAGUGAACGACUUCCCCAUUCUCGCACAACAUAGACAUGUAGUACAAUUAUUUGGAGCCUGCUUCAAAAGCUGCUGGGAUUGAUUCACAACUAUCACAAGUACUGGCUGCUGUUGUUUGUGUUGGCAUAAAUUUACAUGCUGAAGCUCAUGUUCUUUCUUUUUAUGAGAAGCCUUUGGUUAUCGAUCGUUACUUGGAUGCAGCUUCUAGGACUGAUAGUUAACUGGCACGCAAAUAUGUGCUGGAGAUUUAUCCAAUGGACUGUGAGCAUCACAACUCUUCCUAUACGAGCUUUAGGUGCACUCCGAAGGGUGAAAGUGAUGGAGAGGCUUCUCCAGGAAAUGCAAAAUGAGCUAGAGAGCCUCUCAUGGGAUAGUGAGAAGCUAGCAGGACAUUUGAGGCUGGCUGUCAAGGAACAUCAUCUUAUGGAGUCGAUGUUGGCUGAUUUAGAAGAGAAGCAUGACAAAGCUAUUGGUAAAAUUGAAUUCCUUGAGAAAGAGGUGACGCGCCUGAUAGACAAGAAUCUUAGACUGAAGGAAGUUCAGACUAAAGGAAUCUGUGAUCCAGGGAAAGUGGAAAUGUCGAUUGAUCCUGAAAAGGAUGAGCGUCCUUGGCAUUCUAGAAAAAGUGGAAAUUACAACUUUCAAGAAGACCUACAGUUUCCACAAACACCCAGGACUACUAAGGAGCAACUCCAAACUGGGAUGGAUCCUUCAGGGCUUGUGGAUCCACUUACACCAUUGAUUUUCUCAAGCAACGUAGAUGUAGAUGCAGCUCUUAAUCAACGAAGGGAGGUUGCACUAUCCCAGAGUCUUUUUAGCUCCUUGUUAUCUCUGCUGGUUGGAAUGAUUAUUUGGGAAGCUAAAGACCCUUGCAUGCCUCUUGUGUUGGCUCUGUUCACUGUGGUGGGCAUGUCUUUGAGGAGUGUAGUGCAGUUCUUCUCGACCAUUAGAAAUAGACCGGCUGCUGAUGCAGUUGCACUUUUAAGUGUCAACUGGUUUAUCCUUGGCACUCUUUCCUAUCCUACAUUGCCGAAGGUUGCCCAUAUGUUGUCUCCAGUCAUUUCAACCUUUCUAGGGCAAGGGUCAGGGUCUGAACUUGGUUCUUUGUAGGUCGGUUUUUAGGCAUGUAUUAUUUGAUUAAAUACUUGUCUUUGGUUCCCUUCGUAGGAGGUCUGUAUAACUUAUCGCUUGUGUAGGAAGUCUGUUAAGGUCAAUUGAGGCGGUGUGCAACUGUCUACAACCCCCCCCCCCUCCCCCAUCCCUCUACUUUGAGAAGAAAAAAGGUUUUGCAGUUGGCAUCUGUAAAUGUUUUUAUAGUUGUAUAUGGUUUUGGCUUUUGUUUUGCCCCUUUAAUGAAAGGCUAUGUAUAGCCGUAUAGGUAAUCACUUUGUACAGGCAGUAUAUAUGAAGAUCUACCAAAAUUCGUAGUUUGUAUAGAUAGGCUGAGGUACAAGAACAUAGCCAUUUGAACAGUGCAGGUUUGGAUGGGUUAAAAA